AUGAGUUCGAACGGUUCAAUGUAUCGGCCCCAAAACUGUCAUCAACCAUCUGAAUAUGAUUCGUCUACAGCAGCACAUUAUGGUCAACCUAAAACCGCUAAUACUUAUGGAGGUGAUGAUUAUUCUGUGCCAAAGCCCCAGUCAGCUCCAUUAAACAAUGGAUUUUUUUCAUCUCAAUCAGCAUUUUAUGGUUCAUCAAAUCCAGCACCAUCUGGGAUGGGUUUCGUAUCAAACAACGCAUUUCUUAAUGUUGGCUUUAAUGUUGUUGAACAAGGCAUGAGAGAUAUCACAGGCAAAACUGUUAAUAUGUUACCAAAUGAAAUGAAAAAGUCUCUAUCAUCAAUAAAAUAUUAUUUCGCUGUCGAUCAAACUUAUGUUUUCAAAAAACUUUGUCUGAUCUUAUUUCCAUUUCGACCACGCAAUUGGUCACUGGGGUACAGUGCUGACGAACCAGUACCACCACGAAUCGAUAGCAAUGCUCCAGACUAUUACAUACCAUUAAUGAGUGCAAUAACUUAUGUUCUUGUUGCUGGUCUUGUACUUGGCAUGAAAAAAAAAUUUACACCAGAACAAUUAGGCAUGCAUGCAACAUCAGCUCUUGUUUGGAAUGUAAUUGAAACAAGUAUUUUGUGUUUAACAUUUUAUAUCUUUAAUAUUCGAUCAAAAUUACGUACACUCGAUUUAAUUGCCUUUUGUGGUUAUAAAUAUGUUGGCAUGAUUGUUGCUUUAUUAUCAUAUUUCAUCACUGAUUCGUUAUUCGUCUAUCGCUGUGCGCUGCUUUAUGUUAGCAUAGCGUUAUCCUAUUUUCUUGUUAAGUCUCUUCGAUUACAAAUAUUACCGGAUGUAGGCGGAUCUCAAACAUAUAGUCCAAAUGGGAAUUCUCGUCGUAUUUAUUUACUACUUGCCAUUGUUCUUAUUCAACCAUUGUUUAUUUGGUACUUAACACGGCAUUUGAUUGUUGCUUGA